AUUAAAGGGUAUCUUGUGCAGCGUAGGCAUUGCUUGUGGAGUGACGAACAGUACUUUCGUAUCUCAGACAAAACUUUAUCUUUAUAUAUUUACUAUAACUUUUACAUAGGCAGACAAGAUGAGGGAAAUCGUGCAUAUUCAAGCUGGUCAGUGUGGUAAUCAAAUUGGGGCUAAGUUCUGGGAAGUGAUCAGCGAUGAGCAUGGAAUUGACCCCACCGGCACGUACCACGGUGACAGCGACCUGCAGCUGGACAGGAUCAGUGUCUAUUACAAUGAGGCCACAGGUGGCAAGUAUGUGCCCAGAGCCAUCCUGGUGGACCUGGAACCUGGCACCAUGGACUCUGUGAGAUCUGGACCCUUUGGACAGAUCUUCAGGCCCGAUAACUUUGUGUUUGGCCAGAGUGGAGCUGGAAACAACUGGGCCAAGGGUCACUACACAGAAGGGGCGGAGCUGGUGGACUCGGUGCUGGACGUGGUGAGGAAGGAGUCGGAGAGCUGCGACUGCCUGCAGGGCUUCCAGCUGACGCACUCGCUGGGCGGGGGCACCGGCUCGGGCAUGGGCACCCUGCUCAUCAGCAAGAUCCGUGAGGAGUACCCCGACCGCAUCAUGAACACCUUCAGCGUGGUGCCCUCCCCCAAGGUCUCCGACACCGUGGUGGAGCCCUACAACGCCACGCUCUCCGUGCACCAGCUGGUGGAGAACACGGACGAGACCUACUGUAUCGACAAUGAGGCGCUCUACGACAUCUGCUUCCGCACGCUGAAGCUGACCACGCCCACCUAUGGGGAUCUGAAUCACCUGGUGUCGGCCACCAUGAGUGGCGUCACCACCUGCCUGCGCUUCCCCGGCCAGCUCAAUGCCGAUCUCCGCAAGCUGGCCGUCAACAUGGUUCCCUUCCCCCGUCUUCACUUCUUCAUGCCUGGGUUUGCCCCCCUCACCAGCAGAGGGAGCCAGCAGUACCGCGCCCUCACAGUGCCUGAGCUCACUCAGCAAGUGUUUGAUGCUAAGAACAUGAUGGCGGCCUGCGACCCGCGUCACGGCCGCUACCUGACGGUGGCCGCCGUCUUCCGCGGCCGCAUGUCCAUGAAGGAGGUGGACGAGCAGAUGCUGAACGUGCAGAACAAGAACAGCAGCUACUUCGUGGAAUGGAUCCCCAACAACGUUAAAACAGCCGUUUGUGACAUUCCUCCCAGAGGGCUCAAGAUGGCCGUCACCUUCAUCGGCAACAGCACGGCCAUCCAGGAGCUCUUCAAGCGCAUCUCCGAGCAGUUUACCGCCAUGUUCCGCCGCAAGGCCUUCUUGCACUGGUACACCGGCGAGGGCAUGGAUGAGAUGGAGUUCACCGAGGCCGAAAGCAACAUGAACGACCUGGUGUCUGAGUACCAGCAGUAUCAGGACGCCACCGCGGAGGAGGAGGGCGAGUUUGAGGAGGAGGCAGAAGAUGAGGCAUAAAUAAGAAACGAGAGGGAUUUUUUGGGGGGUGGGGGUGGGCUGGGGGGGUUAAAGGUGUGACCAGAGGAAGGAGGCUGAAUGUAAUACCAGGAGAGUGCCAAGAUGUCAGCCAACCAAUCGGGAACCAGUACUCAAAUUCUACAUGGACACACCUACCUAGAAGUAGCUUAAUGAAAAGAAACCAGAGGAUGAAUGGAAUAAGGUGUGUAGAACGUAAGGGACAGGGUUCCUGUUUCUCUAGGUGGGUUACAAAGCAUUCCAGAAUAAAAUGAUGGGGAAAAUAACCCAAAGCAAAACUAUGAAAAGCACAGUAAGUUUCUGCACAGCUGAGGUAAAGACCCCAAAGCACUGAGCACGGGCUGGAUAUGAGGUGAAACGUGCCAACACAUAAAUCCGGCCACAAACCAAUCGGAAGGAAGCAGGAAUGUGUGAGAGUACAGCGUGAAGGGCCAGAAGGAAAGCUGAUCAGUCUGUUUUACUUUAGUUUCCAUUGGUAUCUUCAAUUUUAAAAUGGUUUUGUUAACAGUUGUUAUGCUAAUUCAACUUCAAGGUGCAAAGUACGGUUGUGAGGUAGUAUCCUGUUACCACCCGCUGUAGCAGGAUUAGUAAGUUCCAGAAUGUAGAAACUUUCAGAUGCAUAAACAGGCAAGGGAUGCGCUGCGAGGCGUAAAAAGAGUGUAAAUACCAGCAGCGGGAGCGCUGAACAAGGGAGGGAGGAGCAAGCCGGGUGCUGCGGCAGCUCAGGUGGCCCUCGUCCGGACGCCAGCCACCGUCUCGGCGGGGCUGUUAUGAGAGCCGCACAGAGGAUGUGAUGCCUGCAUUUAUGGCACGCAUGGCCAUCGACCGCAGUCAGGAGGCCGUGCUUGGAUUCACACUCGCAGCGGAGAUCUUUAGGCCUUGGCAUGAGUGCUUGGCUCAUUUGAUCAUGUUUUUAAUGCAUUGUUGGUGGGUCACUAGGGUUGUAGGGUCUGUGCAGCACAACCUGCUGUUUAGAUCUCUUACACAUUGGUGAUCGUCGCCAUGCACGCCCCCACAAGCCCAAUGUUUAUGUGUUGAGCCGUUUUGUCCUAUCAGAACCUCCUGUUGGAUUUUUAAUUAUUGCAAUAUUAUUUUGCUUAAUACUUUUUUUAAAAAAAAGAUGCUUUGUGAUGGAAAAGAUUGAACCUCUGAGAUGAAAUAAAAGGCAUUUUUGUAAAAAUCGAA